AUGGCAGGGAACCUGAAGAAAGGCGGGGGUCUCAUCAACAUGAUGAAGGAUGCCUUCCAGCCACACCAUCAUCACCUCCACUCCCAUCACCAGCCCGGGGCCGUGGACAAGAAGACGGUGGAGAAAUGCUGGAAGCUGAUGGACAAGGUGGUGCGCCUUUGCCAAAACCCCAAAUUGGCUCUGAAGAACAGCCCCCCUUACAUCCUGGACCUGCUGCCAGACACCUACCAGCACCUGCGCACCAUUUUGUCUCGCUACGAGGGCAAAAUGGAGACUCUGGGGGACAACGAGUACUUCCGGGUUUUUAUGGAGAACCUGACCAAGAAGACCAAGCAGACCAUCAGCUUGUUCAAAGAAGGCAAGGAGCGCAUGUAUGAGGAGAACUCACAACCCAGGCGAAACCUCACCAAGCUGUCGUUGAUCUUCAGCCACAUGCUGGCCGAGCUAAAGGCCAUCUUCCCCAACGGUCUGUUCCAGGGUGACAACUUCCGAAUCACCAAAGCAGAUGCUGCAGAGUUCUGGAGGCGCGCCUUCGGCGACAAAACCAUUGUGCCUUGGAAGGUGUUCAGACAGUCUCUCCAUGAGUUUCAUCCCAUCAGCUCCGGUCUGGAGGCGAUGGCCCUCAAGUCCACCAUUGACCUCACCUGCAACGAUUACAUCUCCGUCUUUGAGUUCGACAUCUUCACCAGGCUUUUCCAGCCUUGGUCGUCCCUGCUGCGGAACUGGAACAGCUUGGCAGUAACUCACCCGGGGUACAUGGCCUUCCUCACCUACGAUGAGGUCAAAGCACGGCUACAGAAGUUCAUUCACAAGCCUGGCAGCUAUAUCUUCAGACUGAGCUGUACGCGACUUGGCCAGUGGGCUAUCGGCUACGUGACGGCAGAUGGAAACAUACUCCAGACCAUUCCCCACAACAAACCCCUCUUCCAGGCCCUCAUCGAUGGCUUCAGGGAAGGAUUCUAUUUAUACCCUGAUGGCCGGACGCAAAACCCUGACUUGACAGGACUGUGUGAGCCUUCGCCUCAAGACCACAUCAAAGUCACACAGGAGCAAUACGAGCUGUACUGCGAGAUGGGCUCCACUUUCCAGCUUUGUAAGAUCUGUGCCGAGAAUGACAAGGAUGUGAAGAUUGAGCCCUGCGGUCAUCUCAUGUGCACUUCCUGUCUCACUGCCUGGCAGGAGUCUGAAGGUCAGGGAACAGGUUGUCCCUUCUGCCGCUGUGAGAUUAAGGGUACGGAGCCCAUCGUUGUUGACCCCUUCGACCCCAAGGACAACAGCGGGGGCUGCGGCAGGGGCACGUUUGGCGCAGAGGGCGCGCCGUCGCCCAGCUACGACGACGACGACGACGACCGGCUCGAAGACCCGCACCUCAUGAUGAGCAAGCUCGCCUGCACAAAGGUGGAGCGGCCUCCAUCCCCCAUGUCCAUGGCUCCUCAGUCCUCUCUCCCCCCUGUGCCGCCCAGACUCGAUCUGUUACCCCACAGACCCUCCAACUCUCCCGGAGCCUCCAGCCCGGGCGUCACGAGUAAAGCAGCAUCUCACCACAAAGACAAGCCUCUUCCUCUUCCCCCGGCGUUGCGGGACCUGCCCCCUCCUCCACCUCCGGACCGCCCCCACUCGGCCGGGACGGCCCCCGACGGACGGCUGCAGAGGCGACCCCUACCCUGCACGCCCGGAGAGCCCCCCCGAGACAAACUCCCCCCUACACCCCCGAACCGGCCCCUGGCCGACUGGAACUCCAGGCCCGUCCCCAAGGCCCCCGCCUCCUCUUCGUCGUCGUCGUCGUCCUCCUCGUCCUCCUCCUCCUCCCAGGUCUCCAGUUUAGGGGGGGACCUCCGAGCAGGUGUCAGGGAGCUGUCCAACAGACACUCCCUGCCCCUGGCGCUGCCCUCGGCCCUGGACACCCGCUCAGACUCGCAGAAGAACAACAGCUCUCUGAGUUUGGACCACCAGCUGAGUUUCGCCGCUAUAGUAGGUCAAGAGUACGACAACCCCAAAGUGAAGCCCUCAGCCUCCGCCAAUGCCAUCUAUGCUCUGGCAAACAGACCAUCUCCCGCUCUGAGGUCAGUGGCGGGAGACGAGGCGCGUGACAGCGAGGAGGAGUCGGAGUACAUGAUCCCUUCGUCUCGCCCCGUCCUGCCCCCGAUCACAGCCCCGGCGGUAGGGGAGAUCCCCCCUGUCCCACGGCCCCAACCGCCUCAACCCCCGUCCUCACUCCAGACGCAGAGUCAGGCCUCCCCGCUCAGCUCACGGUUGACGCUGACUGAAUUAGAGGAUGGACCUCAAAUGUAUGAAGCCAUGUACCACAUCCAGUCCAGGUCACAACAAGCCAGAGAUUCAGAUUACUCAGAGUUGCCCCCCCUGGCGAUGACCAACGGCCCCAGAGGCCAGGCAGUGGAGGAGAGGGAGGAGGAGGAGAACGGCUACGACUUCCCCAAACCCAGACUUCCGAUGCCUCCCGCCCGGCGGACUCUCUCGGAGAUGGGGGGCUCCCUGUCCUCCUCUUCUUCAUCUUCAUCGUCAUGCUCGUCCUCCACCGCUGCUUUCAACCGCCUGUCAUUAGACUCGGACGCCGGCGCCGUGGCUGCCUUCUCGGAGCCAGGCGAAGCGCCGGCGAGGCCCCCGAAGCCCCUCCCACGACGAAUGAACUCGGAGCGCCGGCCCAGUCCCGUCCCGCCCGCCCCCUCCCCGCCCUGCGGCGGGGCGGUGGGGGGCGAGGCCAACCCUCAGAUCAGCAGCGAGAUCGAGCACCUCAUGAGUCUGGGCUACUCCUACCAGGACAUCCAGAAAGCACUGAUGAUCGCACAGAACAACGUGGAAAUGGCCAAGAACAUCCUGCGCGAGUUCGUCUCCAUUCCCUCCACCGCUCACAUCCUCACAUAGCACACUCCACCCCGGCUCUCGCCUUCGCUCUCUCGCCCUAGCUUGGCCCAGCCUGGUUUGGCUGUAGGUCGGCACUGACCGACCCGGAGCGCCAAACCCAUUGCCUGCAGCAGCAGCGCCCCCUCUGGUGCUGGCUGACGCCCUACGCCCACCCCCUCCCUCCUCCCUCCUCCCUCCUCCUCCCGUGGAUUUUACCUGGCCGUAUCUCCGGCGCGCUCGCGGUACCUGCAGGAGUCUGCGCCCUGCACCCCAUGCGGCCCGUUUGAAACUGCCCGGGCGUUUUCUGGAAGGUCUCUGCGGGACCGACGGCGCCGGAGGGGAGCAGCAGCCGCAGCGCAAGACUCACACGGGAAUCCUGGGACGACCGAUUCCUACCUGUCAUGUUGAAGCCUCUUGCUGAAAAUGUAACCAACACCUCACAAUUAAAACUAAAAGUGUAUGUCUAUAUGAAAAUUUAAUAUAUGAGUAAAUAUAUAUUAAAUGUGUGUAAUAUAUUCAGUACGUGCAUAUAUCGUAUGUGAUUACAGCUCUGAGGGUCGCUGUUGGUACAGGCGAUAUGUGCAGACAGGGACCAGAUUAAAGUGGGGGGGGGGGUGUUGCCCCCCCCCUUUCCUCUGUCAGACUGAGGGAUGUGAGACUGGAAACUUGAGGAAGAGGAGGAGAUCUUCCUCACCUGGAGGAGUGUGCGGGCAGCAGUCGAGCGUCUUCUCGACGGCGUCGGUCUGUUCUGGUGAACGACGUGGCUUCGGUACUUUUUUCUGUUCUUCGUAAAGAGAAACCUGCUUGUUCUGUCGUGUUUUUCUUAAAGUAGCAUGACGACGGUUUCAGGUCUGGUCUGGUGUGUGUCUGCGUGCGUGCGUGUACGUGUGUGUGUGUGUUUGUGUGUGUGUGUGUGUGUGUGUCUGCGUGCGUGUGUGUGUGUGUGUGUGUGUGUGUGUGUGUUGGCGUGCGUGUGUGUGUGUGUCUGCCAGACCUGCGCUUCAUGGCCUGCUCCUACAUGAACUCCUGUACAACAUGAAUGUGGAUUUUCAGUCGGUGUACUCGGACUCUGUCAAACCGUACUACUGCUCGGACUCCCUCGGCCUCGCGCAGCUGGCGCUCGGAUGACUCGUGAACGUGUUAAUGUGCGAUCUGUGACGGCCGAAAUGUUCAGACUCUGUCCCGCUUCAUGACUGAACUGGUCCAUCGAUCGGUUUCCGUCUCCAGUUCGGUCCAACGUUGUGAAACAAAAAAGAAAAAAGAAAACUCAUUGAUUUACUUUGAUAAUAUAUUAUUGUAAUAUGAUCAUAAAUAUUGUUAUAAUUCAGAAGUGCUUCACUGCUGCUACUAUUGUUAGUGCUAAACAAUUUAAGCCUUAAAUGUACAUUUGUGAAUAAUGUGUUUAACCGUCAUCCUGUUUCUUUAAAGUGACAGUAUCACCUGUUUCUCCAGUCCGUAAUGUAGCAUACUUGAAAGUACAAGCAGCUUGUGAGCCUGCAGCCUUCUCAAGCUGUCCACUCUUCAGUGUUGGAAACGUUUUUCUUUAUAUACAGUACUGUGGAAAGGUCUGACAGGUUACUAAUCCAUCCGACUGGUCCCAGAUUUUACUCUGCAGCAGAGUAUGAAUAACCCCACUUGCAUUUCCAAUGUGAAAAAUAAGAUGAUCAUGAAGAGAGUUUUCCGUAAUUUUCCUGAAAAGUUCCCUGAAAAAAAGUUUACCUAGAGGUUCAGAGGAUGUUCGCCCUAAAUACAAAGUGAAAGAAAAUAACUCUCAUCUCACUCUCUAAGAGCGUUCUGCUGUUGCAGAAUGUUCCCACUCUGGCCUGAAACCUUUUGCACAGUACUGUAUCUUCUCUGCAUCGUCACAAUAAUGAAGCAAACAAACCGCUUAGUGCUUGGAGACCAGCCACCUGCUAAUAGAUCCAGGCUUUCGCAGCAGCUCCCUCUCGGGCUGCUGAGGCUCUUUAAACUGUAGGCUCAUGGGUUUUACUGGCCCGCCCCCAAGCCUACAUUGAAAAAAAAAAAAUCAGUGUUUGGGCCAACUGUAAGAACUAACUCAGGAAAAUAAAAGAGAAAAAAAAAACGGUUUGAACAGACGAGUGGCUGUCACACGGGGGAGGCGGCGGCUCGGUUUGCAGUCGUCUGCUCCUCCAGGUGACGAGCAGCCAAAAGUAUCCGCUUAAUGAAGUCACACAAGUAGCCUAGUAACUUUAUUUCACAUAACUUGCACAUUUUUUUUUUUUUGAUUUGUAUUAUUUCCAGUGUUUGCAGGACGAGAGACAGCAGCUUAAUUUCCAGGUACUAUGAAAGCAACGGGAUGAAUUCGUGGUCCAGGAGCUGUUAGGUACACGGACUGGAAGCCUCUCCCAGCAUAUGAAGAAUGUUUUGGUUUUUUUCCAGGGAGGAUGUCAGCAGCUAAUCGGCCCGGCUCGCUUCUUCGCUGUGUGUUGACUGGAAGCUCUCUCCUCGCUGUCUGGCCAGCCUCUCACUUUUCUGUUCCUAGUUGCCUUGAGAAACCUUGUUGAAUGAUGGGUAAUGGACGAAGAGGUCCUCAAUCCUCAAUACUGUACCGAUGUUUUGCUGACGUUUCAAGGACAGCCUGUCAUUGUGGCGUAUUAUUUACCUUUGACGUUUUGUUUUUGCACAGGAUACCAAUUUGUGCUUCGAUACUGUCACUCUAAAGAAAAAAAAAAAGAUGUGUAAAGCUCAGUGAUUUGGAGGAAGAAGAAGAAAAAAAAGGCGAUGGCUGUUUUUGUUUCAUUUUGCAUUCCUGUACAUGUAUUUUUGUUCCAAAGGUUUUGUUUACUGAUGUGAAUAAUUCUGUGAGCAGUGCCAUAUGUUUAGACUUCCUCGUCACGUUUAGGAGGACGGCCUUGUUUUUAAAGACAGUUUGUAGGUAUUGAUGUGGAGAGCGAUCCGAUCUCCCCGCUCUGCUUCUUCAGCUUCAUUUAACCCCCCCCCCCCCCCCCCCCCCCCCCACCCCUUCCCAGUCCUUACUGCCCCCAGAUCCCCCCCUGUUGGAGUACUUCAGGUUUCUGCCAGAAGAGGGAGCCCUUGUUUCACCCAGCUGCGCCGCUUCCCAUCA